GAAUCCAAAUUCGAUUGGAGCAGAGCCCUGGCAGUGCUUGAAGCUAUCAGAAGGUCGUUGAGUGUCAUUCAGGGGUUAUCACCGCGUGCAAAAAGGCGCUAGUGCUCCAAAAUAAUUUUCCCACUAAUUAAUUGGAAAAGUGUGAAUUAAAAAUUAAAAAAUGCUGCCACGUAUCGUGAGACCAUCGAUGACACUGGCCCAGCAGGGCGCCAAGCAGUUGUCAACGAGUGCACAGCGCAAUGCCAAGGUCGCCGUGAUGGGUGCAGCGGGUGGCAUUGGCCAGCCCCUGUCACUCCUGCUGAAGAACUCACCCCUGGUCACCGAAUUGUCCCUGUACGAUAUUGUUAACACCCCUGGAGUCGCUGCUGAUCUCUCUCACAUUGACACACACUCGAAAGUCUCUGGAUUCACUGGACCAGAGCAGCUGAAGGACUCCCUUCGUGGUGCUCAGGUCGUUAUCAUUCCUGCUGGAGUACCACGCAAACCCGGCAUGACCAGAGAUGAUCUCUUCAACACCAACGCCUCCAUCGUACGUGAUCUAGCCCAGGCUUGUGCUGAGGUCUGCCCCAAGGCCUUCAUUGCCAUCAUCUCGAACCCUGUCAACAGCACAGUGCCAAUUGCCAGCGAAGUCCUGCAGAAGGCUGGAGUCUACGACCCCAACAGGAUCUUCGGUGUCACCACUUUGGACAUCGUGAGGUCCAACGCUUUCAUCGGUGAAGCCAAGGGCAUUGACCCCCAGAAAGUAUCGGUUCCAGUUAUCGGAGGCCACAGUGGUAUCACCAUCAUUCCACUGAUCAGCCAGGCCAAGCCCAGUGUCUCAUUCCCCGAUGACAAACUCAAGGCCCUCACCGAGAGAAUCCAGGAGGCUGGCACUGAGGUUGUCAAGGCCAAGGCUGGCACUGGCUCAGCUACACUCUCAAUGGCCUAUGCUGGUGCACGAUUCGGUUUCUCGUUAAUCAGGGCACUCAAUGGCGAACAGAAUGUCGUCGAGUGCUCUUACGUCAGGUCGAACGUUACUGACGCCAAGUAUUUCUCAACGCCAAUUCUCCUUGGUAAAAAUGGAGUAGAGAAGAACCUCGGUCUCGGCAAGUUGAGCGCCUUCGAGGAGAAAUUGCUGCAGGCAGCGAUUCCCGAGCUCAAGAAGAACAUCCAGAAGGGCGAGGACUUUGUAAAUAAGAAGUGAAGAACCCCAUGAAAACCUCACUCAACCACUCACGUAUGGAAUACGUACUUCGAAUGGAAAUCAACGUAAAAGAGAAUCAAAGAGUCCCAUUAAUGCACCAUAAAUGGUCGAACGACUGCAGACGAAUUGCCGAGCGCAUUUAAUGCAAUUAGUGCCGGAAACGAAUCAUGUUAAAUUAAUUAAAAAAUGUAAAUUAAAUAAAACGAGCCGUUCGGUAGAGUAA